ACAAGUCACAAUUGUGGACCUUCUCUCCCUUGCCCAAACAUCGUGUAUUAUGAAACCAUUUUAACUUUUCUCUUCUUUAUUGUGUCUCUUGUCCGAAAUAUUCCUCUUUAUUUCCAUCGAUCUAUCUCCACUGUUCUCAUUACUCCUCUCUGUAUUCCCUUCCCUUCUCCGCCUUUAUUAUUAUUAUGUAAAAGAGAAACUCCCCUUUCUUCGUCUUUCUUCAGUUAUUUCCCUAAUUAAAGCUCUAAACCUUUUCCAUUACAUCAUCUCUGCUAAGAUCCCAGUUACCGUCGUUUAAGCUCUCGUAAAUGUUCUGCUGGGAAGAGACAGGGUUUGGAUUGAGCUGAUCCUUCUGCUUAUUAUUCUCACAGAGAAAGGGAACAAUGAGAGAGAAGACGCAGGGGCAGGGCCUUCAGCUUCAGAGGCACGGAUCACGUCUGUGGCUUAUGUUUCCGCCCGCCAUGGGGUGGCCUUCGAGAUCGUGGCUUCUCUUCUCCUUCUUCCUCCUCUUCUUCGCCGGCGCGUUCGUCGCCACGCUCCUCCUCGACACCAACAUCACUUCUAUUGCUGGGAAUUCCCAACCGAAGACAAUCCUGCCGACGGGAGCAACCCACGUGGCGCCUCAGAAACACACGGAAAUCCCCAAAAAGCCCCGGCGAAAGAUUGAAAUCCCGCUAAACUGCACGUCCGGCAGCCAAACCAGAACCUGCCCGGCAAGUUACUUCUACUCGACCGGCUCCGUUUCGCAAGAUGAUCAGGACGGGCAGGAACCGGCCACGUGCCCCGAGUACUUCCGUUGGAUCCACGAGGAUCUACGGCCUUGGAGGGAGACAGGUGUCACGAGUGAAAUGGUGGAGAGGGCGCGGAGGACGGCCAACUUCCGGCUGGUUAUCGUCAAGGGCAGGGCCUACGUGGAGAGAUACCAGAAGGGAUUUCAAUCGAGAGACAUUUUUACGCUAUGGGGGAUCCUACAGUUGUUACGGAGGUACCCAGGGAAAGUCCCCGAUCUGGACCUCAUGUUCGACUGCGUUGACUGGCCGGUGGUCAUAGCGAAGCACUAUCGGGGACCCAAUGCCACGGCCCCGCCGCCAUUGUUCAGAUACUGCGCCAAUGAUGCCACCUUGGACAUUGUUUUCCCGGACUGGUCCUUUUGGGGAUGGCCUGAGAUAAAUAUAAAGCCAUGGGAGGGGUUGUUAGAGGAUCUAAGAGAAGGGAACAAGAGAAUGAGAUGGAUGGAUAGGGAGCCUCAUGCCUACUGGAAGGGCAAUCCAACAGUUGCCCAGACUAGGAUGGAUCUCCUCAAGUGUAAUGUCUCUGACAAGCAAGAUUGGGGUGCUCGCAUAUAUGCACAGGAUUGGAUUCGAGAAUCACAGCAAGGAUACAGGGAAUCAGACUUGGCAAGCCAAUGUAUUCACAGAUAUAAAAUAUAUAUUGAAGGAUCUGCAUGGUCUGUGAGUGAAAAAUACAUUCUUGCGUGUGAUUCUGUUACCUUACUGGUAAGGCCUGUUUACUACGAUUUCUUCACAAGAAGUUUGUUACCUGUACACCAUUACUGGCCCAUACGAGAUGAUGACAAGUGCAGAUCUAUUAAGUUUGCUGUUGACUGGGGCAACAGCCACAAGCAAAAGGCACAAGCUAUCGGGAAGGCAGGGAGUGACUUCAUUCAAGAGGAGCUGAAGAUGGAUUAUGUGUAUGACUACAUGUUUCAUCUCCUAAAUGAAUAUGCUAAGCUCUUGAGGUACAAGCCCACCGUACCUGAAAAAGCAGUCGAGCUCUGCUCGGAAAUAUUGGCUUGUCCUGCAGAUGGGUUGAUGAAGAAGUUUAUGAUGGAAUCUAUGAAGGGUCCAACAGAAACGAAACCAUGCUCAAUGCCUCCUCCCUAUGAUCCCCUUGCUUUCAAGUCCCUCGUCAGGAGAAAAGCAAAUUCAAUAAGGCAAGUAGAGUUAUGGGAGAGGAACUACCGGGAGAAUCAAACUUUACAUAGCUAAGUUCAGCGGUUCUUUUACUGGAGUUUUUACGUGUCAUUCAAAUUUAUUGAGUUAUUGUUUCUUUUUAUAAAUUUAUAGGUUACAUAUAUGGUAUAUAGCAUGUUUAGUAAAAGAGGUAAUUUAUUAUGCUUCAGUUUAUUUUAUUUCUUUUUGGAUAUUCUAGCCAAAAAAAUUUCUUUAUCAAGGGCAUACCAUUAAUAGAUCA